GGAGCUGCGGGCAUCCCGGAGGUUUUGCGUGACCUCCGUGCAGUUGUUGAGCGGGCGGUGAUUCCUCUGCCGGGCGCGCGUGAAAAUAAGUUUAUAAAAGACUGAGCAUUUCUGACUGGUGGCUGGUGUGAGGAGACCAUCACCAAGCUGUGUGGGGACGUUCUUUUGAGCUUCCACUCUUAUGUCUCUAAUGGACAAACACAAAGUGAAGCGACAACGUCUGGAUCGCAUAUUUGAAGGCAUUCGACCUCCGAUCAUGAACGGGCCCAUGCACCCGCGCCCCUUGGUAGCGUUGCUGGAUGGCAGGGAUUGUACAGUAGAAAUGCCUAUUCUGAAGGAUGUAGCCACAGUGGCAUUUUGUGAUGCUCAGUCCACACAAGAAAUUCACGAAAAGGUACUAAAUGAAGCAGUGGGUGCACUGAUGUAUCACACUAUCACUUUAACUCGAGAAGACCUGGAGAAAUUUAAAGCACUUCGAAUAAUUGUCCGAAUUGGCAGUGGUUUUGAUAAUAUUGACAUCAAAUCUGCUGGAGAUUUAGGGAUUGCAGUGUGUAACGUGCCAGCCGCCUCCGUAGAAGAAACGGCAGAUUCUACCAUGUGCCACAUUCUGAACCUGUACAGGAGAACCACCUGGCUCCACCAGGCUCUGCGGGAAGGCACGAGAGUACAGAGCGUUGAACAGAUUCGGGAAGUGGCCUCUGGAGCUGCCAGGAUCAGAGGGGAGACCCUGGGCAUUAUUGGAUUAGGGCGUGUUGGGCAAGCAGUAGCACUACGUGCCAAAGCCUUUGGCUUCAGUGUGAUUUUCUAUGACCCAUACCUCUCGGAUGGCAUGGAGCGUGCUCUGGGACUGCAGCGGGUGAGCACUUUGCAGGACCUGCUGUUCCACAGUGACUGUGUUACCCUGCACUGCAACUUGAAUGAACACAAUCAUCAUCUUAUUAAUGACUUCACCAUAAAGCAGAUGAGACAAGGGGCUUUCCUGGUCAACACAGCUCGAGGUGGGUUAGUAGACGAAAAAGCACUUGCACAGGCCCUGAAGGAAGGAAGGAUACGAGGGGCAGCCUUAGAUGUACAUGAGUCAGAACCAUUCAGCUUUAGUCAGGGCCCCUUGAAGGAUGCACCAAACCUGAUCUGUACCCCACAUGCAGCCUGGUAUAGUGAACAAGCCUCAAUUGAGAUGCGGGAGGAAGCAGCACGAGAGAUCCGGAGGGCGAUCACAGGUCGUAUUCCAGACAGUCUGAAAAACUGUGUUAACAAAGAUCAUUUGACUGCAGCUACGCAUUGGGCCAGCAUGGAUCCUGGAGUGGUUCAUCCAGAGCUUAAUGGUGCUGCAUACAGGUAUCCCCCGGGCGUUGUAAGCGUGGCUUCCACUGGCAUACCUGCAGCAGUAGAAGGAAUAGUCCCCAACCCCAUGUCUUUAUCACACGGCCUCCCUGCUGUAGCCCACCCGCCCCACGCUCCUUCCCCCGGCCAAACUGUCAAACCAGAAGCUGAUAGAGACCACCCAAGCGACCAAUUGUAGCCUACGAGAACAGCAUUCCCAGCAUCGGAGAUCUCAACUUCAGCGUGCGGAAAAACAAAACCCUGGAUUUUGAUUAAAGGCAAAACCAUGAACUUACAGGAGGAGACGAUUAUUGUUUUAGAAACUGGUCCAAUAUACAGUAUAAAAGGAAAAGGUGGGAGACAAAAAAAGAAGAUUUGGAAACAUUUUUUUCCUCCGUAUAAAUUGUAGUUUGUCCCUGUCCAGUGGACUGAUUCACUGUUUCUGUGUCCUAUGGGUUCUUUGUUAAGCAAGAGAAGUUAGUAGUUAAUUAUAUCAUGAAUGUACUUGUCUGUGUACAGUUUUUAGAACAUUAAAAAGGGUUUGUUUGCUUAGCUGUCAACAAGGAAAAACAUAAGGGAGGCAUUCAACAAACCAAUUUUGAGAUUAAAAAUCCUUUCUUUUAUAUUUUAAGACAUGCCCAAAAAUGAGGCAGUUGGCAAACUUCUCAGGACAAUGAAUUUUUCCCAUUUUUCUUUCUACGCCACACAGUGCAUUGUUUUUUCUACCUGCUUGUCUUAUUUUUUAGAAUAAUUUAGUAAACAAAAGAAAAAACAGUUUCUCCUAAUUUUGGCAUGAAUUCCCUUAUUUCAAAAUGAAGACAACCUUGCAAAGAGAUUUUGAGGAAAAAAAAAAGGUUUUGUAUAAACGAGCGUUGUGCUUUUUGUCACCAGUUAAAGUAUAUAUUAUUGGUGGUAUCUGGAAAAGGCACUAGACUACUGAAAAGUAGCAGCAUUUCAUUGCCUACAUUGAUUCCUUCCUGGUAAUGUGGUAGGCUAGCAAUAUUUUUGGUUAAAAUCAUGUUUGUGACUGUAACCAUUUGUAUGAAUUAUUUUGAAGAAAUAAAAAUCCCAGACAACUAUCAUAUGUGUAAAAAUUUUUAUUUCUAGUAACUGUUUAUUCAACUUUUAUUAGGUUUCUUAGCUGUAAUUUUUAAACAGAUGCUGUCAAGUAUUUCAUUUCUAGCUUUACUUUGCUCUCUGUUGUUUGUAAUACUGUCUUGGAAGCUUGAAAAAUAAAAAAAAAAAGAAUUCUUUCCAUACCAUUUUUCCCUUUACAUUUCGUAAAUGUUGAUCUUUUUUCCUGUGUUUCUAAUGGAGUUUGAAAUUAAGAUGGAUUUUGAUUUGUACACCGGCAUCAUCAGCUACAAUAUGGUAACAGCAUUUAUGCCACCACUGUGGGCAGAGCAGAGGAGGUACAACAGCAACACAACAACAAUAAUAAUAAUAAUAAUAAAUGUCUUUUGCCGAA